AUGCCUCGCCAACAACGCCGUGCCGCUCCCGCUCCUAUGCGCAGUGCUCCCUCGCGCCCUACUGUCGCCCCCGCCCGGCCCGCGGCCCCUGCCCAGCACCAGGCUCCUCACUCUACUGCUGCCCACCCACAGCAGUACCAGCAGGCUCCUCCCAUGCAGGCUCCCCAGCAGAGCGCUGGACCUGGUCUUUUCGGCCAAAUGGCCUCGACCGCUGCUGGAGUCGCUAUCGGUUCCUCUGUUGGCCACGCUAUCGGUGGUCUAUUCAGUGGUGGUAGCUCCAGCGCCCCUGCUGAGCCCCAGGCUGCUCCCGUCCAGUCGCAGGGCGUCGACAACGGUCUCUGGCAGAGCAGCGCUACCAACCAGUCCUGGGAGACUCCUGCUUGCGAGGCAGAUGUGCGCAACUUCCGCAAGUGCAUGGAUGAGAACGGAGGCAACAUGAGCAUCUGCGGUUGGUACAUGGACCAGCUGAAGGCUUGCCAGGCUGCUGCCAAGCCGUACUAG